AUGGAAACCGAUGUAGCGGCGCGAGCGGCUGAGCUCACCCACCCCCCGCACGCAGAAACCCUGAACCAUUGUUUGGAGAGCGUGAAGCAACUCGCUCCAGUACUCAUCUGCUCCAUGAAGAUAUACAUACACAUACUUACUGAAGGCGGCAAAGGUAUGGAGGAGGCGGCUGAAAACAGAAAUUAUUUAGCGCAGAGGAUGGCUGACGAGAUACACGAGAUUAUUCGCGUGUUGCAGCUGACGUCGUACGUGGAGGACGGCGGCGAGAAGGACAACGUGGCCGUGCUCAAGGCGCUGCAGGCGCAGAUGCACGCCAAGAUGGGAGCCGCACACGAGUUCCUGAACGACGGGUCGGCGCAGCGCAACGGCGGCGGGGAGCGAGCGCUGCGGGGCGUGCUGACGUCAGCGCAGCGCGCCGCUGAGCAUCUCGCGCCGCACAGCGCCGACUGCGCCAGGACCAUCGCCAGGUCUGGGGGUAUAAACGCUGAUCUACUCUGUGAUGAAAGGCAGUACGGCCACGGGAGGGAAGCUAAGGCGCUGAACCUGGCGUCAGACCUGCGCUCUCAGAUCAACGAGCUGGACUCCAUCGUCAACGAGGGAGUGCGCGCAGCAGAGAAACAGGGCGGGAAGACCAUGCAAGCUAGGUUAGAGACAGCACACAAAUGGCUAUUGCACCCUAGUUGCGACCCCUCCACCAGGAUCGAGGGUCAGAAGGCGAUCAACAGCAUCGUGUCUCAAGGACAGAGGAUUGCAGACGGUCUCCAAGGGCGAGAGAAGGCUGAGAUAAUGCAACUAUGUUCUGAAGUACAGCGUUUAUCUGACAAGUUGGCGGAUUUGUGCGCCAGUGGCAGGGGCGACAGCGAGGAGGCUAGAGCUGUUACUAGGGAGCUGACGGACAAGCUGCACGAGCUGAAGCGCGGCACGGAGCGGGCCGUGGUCAACCGCGUGGUGGAGGAGUUCAUCGACGUGGCCGCGCCGCUGCGACACUUCACCGACGCCGUCAACGCGCCGCCCGGCGCGGCGGGGCGCGAGGCCGCGUUCCACGAGCGGGCGCAGGCGCUGGGCGCGUUCAGCGCGCGCGCAGCCGCCGCCGCGCACGUGGUGGCGGCCGGCGCCCGCCACAACAAGCGCCUCGCCGACCAGCUGCACAACAACGCGCGGCAGGUUGAAAAACUCUCGCCUCAGUUGAUUGCCGCCGGAAAGAUUCGUCUUUACAACCCUGACAGUAAGGUAGCGGAGGAACACUUCAACAAUCUAAAAACCCAGUACGCCGACGCAGUGCUCCGCGUGAGAGACCUGUGCGACCAAGCCGUGGACCCACUCGACUUUGUGAGAACGGCCGGUGAGCUGAUGCAGAAGCACACGUACUUGUGCGAGGACGCAAUCCGCAACAAUGACUCCCAGAAAAUGGUCGACAACACUUCUGCUAUCGCCAGGCUGGCCAACCGCGUGCUGCUGGUGGGCGGCGCGGAGCGCGACAACACGGAGGACGCGGAGUUCGCGCGCUCGCUGGGCGGCGCGCAGCAGCGCCUGCAGGCCGCCAUCCCCCCCGCCGUGCACCGCGCCAAGGCCGUGGCGCUGGGCGAGCGCGCGCAGGCCGCCGCCUGGCGCAGCGCCAACGCAGAGAUCAUUAGCGCAGCGGGCGACGUGGAGUCCGCGCUCCGUGGGCAGUACGCCCCCCCGCCGCCCCCGCCGGCGCUACCGGAGGCUCUCCGCUCGAUGCACUUGUCGGACAACGCCGCGCCUCCUCGCCCUCCACCCCCGCAGGGAGCCGCUCCGCCCCCUCGCCCCCCGCCUCCCGCGGACACGGAUGACGAAGGGGAGGAUAUAUUCCAACGCCAACCACACCCGAGCCAUCCUAUACUGGUGGCGGCCCACAACCUGCACAAGGCGGUGCGCGAGUGGUCCUCCAAGGACAACGAGAUCAUCGCCGCCGCCAAGCGCAUGGCCAUCCUCAUGGCACGCCUCUCGGAGCUCGUCCGCUCCGACUCCAAAGGUAGCAAGCGGGAGCUGAUCGCGACUGCGAAGGCGAUCGCCGAGGCUUCGGAGGAGGUGACGCGCCUCGCCAAGAAACUGGCUCUCGAGUGUACCGACAAGAGGAUCAGGACUAACUUGCUGCAAGUGUGCGAGAGGAUCCCGACCAUCGGCACUCAGCUCAAGAUCCUAUCCACUGUUAAGGCCACCAUGCUCGGCGCUCAAGGUAGCGAAGAAGACCAGGAGGCCACUGAGAUGUUGGUUGGCAAUGCACAAAACUUGAUGCAAAGUGUGAAAGAGACGGUGAAGGCGGCGGAGGGCGCGUCCAUCAAGAUCCGCACCGAGCAGGGCGCCUACCGCCUGCGCUGGGUGCGGCGCUCGCCCUGGUACCAGAUAUAG